AUGGUUGUUCCUGCUCCCAGAAAAGUGUUGCGUGCACAUGACGCAACGCACAACAGAACAAGCCCCUUGACCAUACAACCUUCAUUGCCACACACCCAACCUUACCGUGACGCCCAACACAAGUUCCUCAGCGCCUCCGCGACACGGCGGGUCCUUCCAAGCCAUCCAUUGGAGGUUCCAUGUAUGCCAAUCAAAGGUGCCGGUGCCGGCGACGACAAGAACGCUAGCGAUAAGGGCAGUAGCAACAGGAAGCUGCAAGCGGUGGGCCAGGAGAAACAAAACGGCGGCGUGAAGAAGGACGACGACGGCAGCCCGUCGAGCCAGUCCAGCUUCUUCUCCGGCGGCACCGGCGAAGCGUCUCUGUCCUCGGGGUCCUCCUCUCCGGUUCCCCCGGGCUCCCUGUCUCCGUCACCCAAGCAGCCUCGCCACGUGAACAACAACGUUAAGGUUAAGGGAGGGAACAACAACAAAGUCAAGGGAGGUGAGGAGGACGCGGGCUCCCCGAGCACGCAGCGCAGCAACAGCGGCGGCAGCACAGAGGGAGACCGGUACGCCGACGGCGGGGACGGCGGCUCUCGCCGCCGCCAGGACAACCAGCCCCCUCCUUACCACGCUCUUGUCGCGUCCCCGCCGCAAGCUCCCGCCCGGUCUGACCCCGACGCGCCCACCGGGAGGCCCAGGAACCAGCGCCACAUCCUCACGAAGAAGGACAGGAGCAGGAGCCGCCGUCGCAUGAAGGGUAACCGUGGUAGCAGCGCCGCCCAGUCGUGGAGGUACCCCCCCCCAGGAGGAGGACUCGUUAGGAGCAGCAUCGGCAGCGGCGUCAGCAACCGUCACAUGUCCCCGGCGGAGAAGGCCGCUCUUCGCGCGGCCGGCGAGGACAGCUUUGCGACCAUCGAGGAGCAGCAGGGGGACCACGACGAGAACCAGGAGCAGGAGGAGAGCGCCGGCGGCAGUGGCGGGGUUAGGGCGGAGACAGAGGAGAAGGAGGCAAGCAAGCAAAACGUUGGAGUUCCCGACCUGGAGAAGGCUUUCAUCAGGUCCCUCGCCGAGAUAGACGCCGACGCGAAGGCGUACAACAACCGCGUGCGGCCGCUGUUGGCGCAUAUUCCCCGUCCACGCCUCUUCGGUGCCGUGGCCCCCGCCCCCGGCGUCGCCCGAAACGACGGCAUCGGCUCCUGCGGCUCGAAGAAGGUGGUGCCUAUGGGCCACAAGAAAACGCUGGUGCUGGACCUGGACGAGACGCUGGUUUCGAGCAGCCGGACGCCCUGCGACUGCGACUACAAGGUCGUGUUCAAGAUUCACAGCCGAGAGAAGGCCAGCAACAACCAGGAGAACACGCCCUUCUUCGCGGCUAACGCGGACGCGCCCGACGCCAACUCAGCAGCCGCCAACAGCAGCGAAGGUAUCCAGCACGCAGGCGGGUACUACGGUAGGGACGACGAUAUCGUGCAGGAGAUCGUCUACUACGUGCAGCUCCGACCGGGCCUGGCCAGGUUUCUCGAGAAGGUCGCCGCCAUCUAUGAGCUCGUGGUCUGGACCGCCUCGGGGAAGUCCUACGCCGACGCGAUCAUUGAUCUCCUCGACCCAGCCGGCGAUAUCUUCGCCGAGCGGUUCUACCGCGACUCCUGCCUUCGUCACCACAACCUCUGCGUCAAGGACCUGCGGCGGCUGGGCCGGCCCAUGAACACGGUCGUCCUCCUGGACAACUACGUCUACAGCUUCGGGUUGACCCUCGACAACGGGGUGCCCAUCUCCCCGUGGACUGGCGCUAAGGAGGCAAAAAACUCCGGCUUGACGACGGCCUACUCCCUUCUCCGUGGCAUCUCCCGCUUCCCGGAUGUCCGCGUUCCUCUGGUCACGGCGUUCGACCUGCAGCGCAAGAUCCACGGCUACCGCUCCCCCUUGCCCCCGACGACGCUGGGAGCCGCCGUACCAGCGUCGACGGCGAGGAGAAAGCCGGGUUCCCAGCAGCAGCAGCAUCAGCAGCAGCAGCAGCAGCAGCGCAAGCGCUACCAGAACCCGCUUUCCCCCGUGCACUCCUGCUCCGCCUUCUCCUCGGCGUCAUCAUCGCCGACAUCAUCUCCGACCGCAAGAUCGACGAAGAUCUCGACGCCGCCGCCGUCCCCCGCUUGUUGCCCCACGACGGGGAGGCGUGCUUCCGGGGCAGGGGUGGGGGGGACGUCUCGACGGGGGGGGUCCGUGGGGGGGGGAUCCCCUGCGCCGCUGUCCCCGGUGGCGGCCAUGUGGGCCGCGAACGCGGAGACGAGAGCGGAAGAGGAGAGGCUAGACUCGAAGCGCGAGCUUCUUCUGCCCAAGAAAUUGCGGCAGGAGGCACAAACGGAGGCGGAGAGGGCGAGCCAGGAGCUGCAGGCAAAGCUAGCCACCCUGGUGGAGGGUGCAAAAUCACGACAGCAGCAGCAGCAGCGACACGAUCAGCGGGGGGUGCAAGCAGUAGCGGCGGUGUCGCCGAAAGCGACCACCACUCUGAAGGGAGGACAGGACACAAGCUUGUCGCCGGUGGUGGCACAGUGGGCGGCGGAGGCAGCGGCUAGGGCUGAGGUAGAGGCAAAGGCCGCGAUGGCAAAGGCAGAGGCAGCGCUGGCAGACUCUUCGUUGAUGGAGUGACGGUAGUGGGAAUUGCUGUACGGCGAGAAGGGGGGGGUCACUUUCUAGGUGCUGGCACACACGUGUACAACGAGUUCAGUAAUUCGCUGCGGGUUCGUAUUUUCCAGUUGUUUUUCCACAAUGUGUACAUGUGUGGUUCGUCGGUGUCAGAAGUAAGAUCUGGCUUGGAACAAACGAGUUGGUUAAUUCUUUCCUGCGUUGCGACAUGCCCCUGCUGACGUGGCUUGCUGGUUCUCAAGCUGCGAAGCUAUUGAACCACCCUGUCGAAGCUCUGGUCGGGGGUUGCUGACUUGUGUAUUCAUUGGAUGGUUUCUUGCACCCAUCCUGUGGUAGAUUUGCACACGCACGGCACAACCAUGGCCCAGUUUCCUUCGCGGCGUUACAGUACUCGCGAAAAAUCGUGUGAUUUUGUUUUUAAGGGGUCGUGUACGGGGGGGGGGGGUUCAUAUGCGUGUCCUUUUAUUCCAAUGGUGGAAUGUUCUUGGAAGCAUCAGGUUCCUGAACCGUGGGCAUCACGAGCGCGACCUGCUUAAUUGAUUGAAGUUUUCGAGUAAUGUUGUUGGUUGUUAAUUUCUUUACUGGGAUUAUCUGGGCUACUUGAGAGAUUUCCUUAACUGGGGUUCUCGGGGGGCUACUUCCUAUAUUUGCGUCUUGAAGAAUGUGGUUGGUUGUCCAAUUUCUCAACUGGGAAGUGCAUGCAGUGAAUGCGACUCGGGGUAAUAUCUAUAUAGUAACCUAUGGAGAACCUAUGGAUAUACCCCCGCCCUCGACCACGCGUCCUGCUAGGUGUUCAUGAACCUGGGAGGUAGCCCCGCCACUUGCGUCCGUGGUACGUGGACAAAGGUGGCGCGUUUUUUGUUUUCAUGUUCUCCCUGUUUUGUUUUUUUCAUAGACUUCUCCUGCGUGUUUCGUUCUUUCUUGUGUGUACUCUGCCUUCAUAUUUGUCGGUAGCUUUGUAGCUGUGUGCGUAUAGUGUUAAUUUCCUUUAGUACGUUAAAAUCCUUGCCAGGGGUUGGCGAAGGAAGGGGGUGUACACGAACAUAAUACGUACGUACUAGAUGGUCGUGAGGAGUUUCGAGGCCUGGUGUGAUGAGACGCACAGAUAGUGCUACCGCUUUUCUCGUGGUUGUUGCCCAUUAUUCCCACAAAGUCGGGGGUUUGGCGUUUUGGCGACGGGCACUAACGAGAACGAUGUUGGGUGCUUGAUGUUGUUGGACGUACAAAAGACAGUCGACUUUGUGAUUGAGCGCCAUUUCUUCGCGUACCACUGACGUAAAUGGUGCUGCGUGAAUGUGUGCUGAAGGUGGUUUUAUGCAGCUGAGUACGUGUAUGAAAUUUGGUGUGAAACUAGAUGACUUCGGCAGGGAUGUGUGUGUGGGGUCACACCAUGUGAGUUUGUUUUUCAGUCCUCCCAACCAAGCGAAUCGAUUUAAGAGUAGAGUGCAUGCACACUUCGAUUAACAAAUUAAUAAGUCAGUAGUAGGCGGAUCAUGUAGGCCACGGAUAGUGAUGAGGUCCGCCACUGAUACAUGGCAUGGUUAGUUAGUAUCAACCAGGAACGAACAGCAUGUGUUCGAGUGUGGACCAGCUGGUGUGGACACGAGAGUGUGUUUUCUUCGUGGAAUGAAGGGAAUGUACUGUGUGAAAAGAG